AUGGCUGCAUCCCACAUUUUAAGCGCCGUGGAGCCAACAGUUGGUGGAGGAGGAUCACGAAGCGGUCGAGAACGGGAAGUGAAUGUCGCUUUAGACGACCGCGAGCUAUGGAUUCGUUUCCAGACUCUUACAAAUGAGAUGAUAGUCACCAAAAAUGGACGACGAAUGUUUCCCGUAGUUAAAGUAACAGCCAGUGGGCUGGACCCGACGGCGAUGUAUACCGUUCUACUCGAAUUUGUUCAAGUUGAUAGCCAUCGGUGGAAAUAUGUUAAUGGAGAAUGGGUUCCCGGCGGCAAGGCAGAAGUUCCACCAUCCAACGCUAUAUAUAUUCAUCCGGAAAGUCCUAACUUCGGAGCGCAUUGGAUGAAAGAGCCAAUAUCUUUUGCAAAAGUCAAACUUACAAAUAAAACAAACGGCAAUGGACAGAUAAUGCUAAAUUCGCUACACAAGUACGAACCACGAGUACACCUAGUAAAAGUCGGUACUGACUUACGCCGCAUAAUGACGUACCCAUUUCCUGAGACCCAGUUUAUUGCUGUAACAGCAUAUCAAAAUGAAGAAGUGACUUCACUGAAGAUCAAAUAUAACCCCUUUGCUAAAGCAUUCCUAGAUGCUAAGGAAAGACCGGAAGGUUAUUACCAAAGGGAUUUUGUUGGGACACAUUACCCGCAGCAGAGUUCUUCUCCUCACCAGUAUCCACAAUUCGGUGGUUGGUUCGUCACCUCGCAACCAUUGUACGGUAGUAGUAAUUCAUCAAGAAGACCAGCACCCUAUCCACCUCGACCACCAUCACGGCCCCGAACAUUGUCACCACCAUCUACAUACACAACCGCGGAAAGGUCAACAGCGCCGGCAACUAACAGCAGCGGAAGUUAUACAUGGGCUGGAAGUAGUAGCUACUGGAGUUCCCAAGGGAAUAGUCCACCGCAACCUAAUAAUACCUCACCGGUUCCGUACAGAACGCCACCGCAUGCGUAUCCAGCCCCGCUAGAGUAUACAUCUGCUCCUCCUACAAGCUCGUCAGCGCCUACCUCCACUGCUCCACUCUACCCUUUGCAGUAUGAUGCCCCUGCCCAACACCAUUCACCUUAUUACCAACAUGCUUACACACCUUACGCUCAUCAUGCUAUCGAGGAUAUAUCGUAUUGGCCCAAUAGCUUAAACAGUUACGGAUAUCAGCCAUCAGAAUACGUCGGCACGGGGGAAGUUGCUUAUUCGACAGAAGGUAUGUCUUUCGCUAAUUCCGGAGCGCCGCUUGAAGCCAGCACCGCCAGCCAAGAUGAACGUGCCACGCCCCAAGGAUCUGAGCACCAGUCCGGUGAUAGAGAAUACAAAUACAACGCAGAUGAAGAACGACAAUCUCCUUGUGAAGACGCGACGCUGCCCUCGCGUUCGCCACCACAGUGA